GCCAAAGCGGCUCCCCUUCCUCUGUGCCUUGGGUGCCUAUAAAUUGCUCCGGCGCGCGUUUGUCAGCCUCCUCUUCUCCUGGCAGGUGGUACCCAGGCAGAAUUCAGCGUUCAGUCUCUCUCUCGCUCCGCUCUCGGCCGUGAGGCGCUCGCCGCUGCUCGCUAGCUCCUCCACUCCAGCCCCGAGGCUCGCGGAGCCGACAGUGCCAGCCGCCGCCGCCGCUCCGCGCACCCGGGGGGCGCCUGGUCAGAGCUCGUGCUGCCAGCGCAGGACUUUGAGGUGCGCUUCUAUUAGAGUUGUGGUGGCUGCAGAGGAGGGGGGGGGGGAAAGGCAGGGGACGAGCGAAGAGACCGAGCGAAAGAAGAGAAGGAGGAGGCAGAAAAAGGCAACUUCAGACGGAAAGUUGGUGCGAACUGGCGCAGUCUGCAAAAACGGAAAAGUCGAUCGCAGGCAGCGGUGGCAUAAAAGUGUGAGCGACCAGGACCAGCGCGAGAGGCAGCGGCUGGCUCUGCCCUCCGGGUGGCCGCGCCGGCGCCCGCGCCAGCCACAGGUGCGAAGGGGCUCGCAGGAGGCGAGAGGGCGCCCUGCGCACCCCUCCCCCAGCCCCCACCCUCUGCUCGGGACUUCAGCUCAAGUCACUUGGCGCCCGAGCUCCCUCCCCAGCCGCAACCUCAGCUGGGGGAGCAGGAGCCGGCGAGGAGCGGCCGGCGCCCGCCCGCCCAGGGGACUUGGGGUUCGAAGGGGAUUGUUUUCGGCUCUAAGGAGGUCCCCGCCCAACCUUCAAAAUUUUGUCCAAAAGCAGACAAGAGGAUCGCCCCGCGCUGAGCCGGCUGGUGGGCAGCAGGAGGCGCCUGAUCGCCGCCGGGGCGCUGGGGGUGGUGAUGGUGCUGCUGCUGGUCAUCCUCAUCCCGGUGCUGGUGAGCUCGGCCGGCACGUCGGCGCACUACGAGAUGCUGGGCACCUGCCGCAUGGUCUGCGACCCCUACGGGGGCACCAAGGCGCCCAGCACCGCCGCCACGCCCGACCGUGGCCUCAUGCAGUCCCUGCCCACCUUCAUCCAGGGCCCCAAAGGCGAGGCCGGCAGACCGGGAAAAGCAGGCCCGCGUGGGCCCCCGGGAGAACCCGGGCCGCCGGGCCCUGUGGGGCCCCCGGGCGAGAAGGGCGAGCCGGGCCGCCAAGGCCUGCCGGGCCCGCCUGGGGCGCCCGGCCUGAACGCGGCCGGGGCCAUCAGCGCCGCCACCUACAGCACGGUGCCCAAGAUUGCCUUCUACGCUGGCCUCAAAAGGCAGCAUGAAGGCUAUGAGGUGCUCAAGUUCGACGACGUGGUCACCAACCUCGGAAACCACUACGAUCCCACUACCGGCAAAUUCACCUGCUCCAUCCCAGGCAUCUACUUCUUCACCUACCACGUCCUGAUGCGCGGAGGGGACGGCACUAGCAUGUGGGCUGAUCUCUGCAAAAACAACCAGGUGCGUGCGAGUGCCAUUGCCCAAGAUGCUGAUCAGAAUUACGACUAUGCCAGUAACAGUGUGGUUCUGCAUCUGGAGCCAGGAGAUGAAGUCUAUAUCAAAUUAGAUGGUGGGAAAGCCCAUGGAGGAAACAACAACAAAUACAGCACGUUUUCUGGAUUUAUUAUUUAUGCUGACUGAUAAUGCAGAAACUAAGCUUAUUAUUCUGAGUUUGAACACUGGAUUUGAAUGGCUACCGUCAGUGAAUCAAGGAUCCCAGGGGAUGCCAAUUGCAGGGCACCUCGGUUGUGUAAAUGUGGGGAAAUCAAAUGCUACCUGACUCACAUCUGUAUCACUCAGAAACAUUAUGUAAAAAAGUAUUUAAAGCAAGAUAAGCAGAUGUGUGAUCCACUACCGCCAAAGCAAAUACUCCUAUCGUUAGUGUCCAUGUGAAUGAAGUCCUAUUAUAGAUCACAAAUUUUUAUAGAAAAAUCUAAGACAAUGAAUUAUUUCUUCAAUAUAUAUGAUACUUUGGUGUACUGUGAUCUUGCUGCUCUUAUCCAUAUGUCAGCUUUGGUUCUUGUGAGUUUUCCUGCUUAUUAUGAUACUGGAGCCCAUUCAUAGUGUGUGGAAGAAUCAUUUUACCCUGCAGGAGAAGGUCUAAUUGAAGUAAUGCUGCUUGUCCCCAAAGAAAUUGUUUGCCUUGUACUCUUGUUAACUUUAGAGCUAGACCUGGGAAAGAUUCAACUUCAAGCCUUAACCUGGAAUUUUCUGGAUUUGUGGGAAUUCCCAAGCCUAUUACCAUUUUCACAUUUUCCUUUUCUUAUGAAUUUUCUUUUUUUUCCUUUUCUGGUGAUAGUCUUUAAAAAUAGAUAUUGAAAUUGUACCAUAGGAUUACCCUCUAAGUGUGAAAAUGUGUAAUUAUGUAUGGUAUUUAGAAAAUCCCCUGUGUGUCCAUUUUGUCAAUAGAAUACACUUAGA